GUGUUCUCUCUCUUGUAUGAGAGCAAGAUGGAGCGAGUUUGGUUGAUACUUGCUCUUGUGACGUUCUCCAGCGCCAUGUCUCGGCGGCACCGGGACGCCACGCCUUACUUCGACGAUGAGUCUCACCGGCUGUGGUCGUCUGAUGCUGCAGAGUUGCUGGAGGGAGAGACAGUUGAUGCCCACGUCAUACAACACCAUGAUCCAUGCCAAGCACAUUUCUGCGAGCGGGGACGUGUGUGUCGCCUGGACCACAUUGGUGAGCCACAAUGUGAAUGCCAGCCCUUCUGUUCCCGCCACCGAAAGCUGGUGUGUGGCAAUGAUGGGCUGUACCUGAAUCACUGUGAGCUGCACCGUGCUGCCUGCUUCAGUGGUGCCAGGAUCCACAUUGAUAGGAGCAGAAAGUGUUUCAGAAAAGGGUUGAUGCCCAUCACCUGGGACAACACCCCAUCACCCGCCACACCAGCACCCCACAACAGGGAAGAGACGCUUGAUCUGGAGCCAACACAGAUCCGCGAUGACCUGACACAAGGAGGAGGAGCAGUGCUGACAACACGGUCACCUCUUGAAGAUGAUCAGAACAAAUUACAGAAUGAAGUUACACAUUUAGAGGUUGGUGAGCAGCAAGAUGAACUGGUAUCAAGCAGCAGCAGCAGUAGUAGUGACAGCAUCAGCAACAACAGUGGCAGCAGCAGUAGCAGCAGCAGCAGUGCCUCACCCAACAGUCUGUGUUCAUUGCAGCAAUAUGAAAUUCUUAAGGACAAUCUCCUCCUGUACCACCAUGCACGACUAAUGGCUGAGAAUGGCCGGGGCUCCGAGCGGGAAUACUUGGUGAGCCUUAUGUUUUCCAAAUUUGACACCAACAACAACGGUGCCCUGGACCGCACAGAGCUGACACAGGUGUCACAGGAAGAGGAAGUGAGUCGUCUGGCAGAGGACUGUUCACUGGCUGACCUUCUGCACUUUGAUGACACAAACAACGAUGGACAACUCAACCUCAAUGAGUUCUAUACCGCCUUCAGUAAGUUGUACAGUGUGUCAGUGGUAUCCUUGGAUAAGGCCCUGGAAGUGAACCAGGUGUCAGCACGAGUGGGUGACAACCUGGAGAUCAAGUGUGACGUGACGGGCACCCCAACACCCCCUAUUGUGUGGCGCCGCAAUGGACUUGACUUGGCAGCACUUAACUCUGAGGACAUUCGUGUGUUCAUGGACGGAUCACUGUACCUCACACGCCUGCAGUUGGUCCAUGCUGGGAAUUACACUUGUCAUGCUGACCGGAACAAGGAUGUGGUCCAGACACACAUUCUGACAGUCCAUACCGUGCCCACAGUGCAGGUGACACCACACAUUCAGAGUCUACGACCAGGUGAGGAAGCAGUGAUGAGCUGCCGGGCCACAGGUGAACCCUUCCCCAAGGUGGACUGGCUCAAAAACGACGAACCGCUGCGGGUGGACAUCCCCCACAAAUACCAGGUGGUGGGCAACGGCACCCAGCUUAGGGUUCGCAACAUUGGCUACGCAGACACUGGUGCCUAUAUGUGUCAAGCCACUAGUGUGGGUGGCAUGGCGCGGGACAUCAGCUCUCUUAUUGUACAGGAGAACCCCGCUCCAACUGGAGAGCAGCAGGAGAGCAGAGUGUUUGUAUUCCAUGACUGGGGAGUGGCAGUGUACGAACCUGAUGAGUGUCGGCUCUUCCAUGUCAUCCAGGGCACUGAUGUGAUUCCUGGCACUCAGGAGUACGUGUGUGGGGACAAAGGCACCAAUUGCUCCUGGGGUCGGGCCAUCAACGUGGCUGAACGUUACAUCUAUGUCACACAGCCAAGACUGGACCGUGUGCUGGUGGUGUCAGUACCACAGAUGGUAGUUGUGGAUGUGAUAGUGACAGACCAGUACCCCGUGGACCUGUCCUAUGUCCCCAACCUGGACCAGGUGUGGGUGCUCAACUGGCGCUCCACCAAGGAUGACGGAAUCAAGACCAUACAGGUGAUCCGAGAUGCCUCUCAGAAGAAGAAGCACCACACCGUCCACCCCGAACCCAUUGAUGGCCACUUUGAUCUUGUCGAGAAUCUGUUUGUCCCCUCUACUCAGGACCUUGGACAUGACUUCCGUUAUGCCUACGUUACACACACUAACCAGCGUGGUCUCUACAAGCUUGAUUUGGCCAACAUGAAGUAUGUGAAGACUGUUGACCUCACACCUUACAACUGCGUUCCUCAGCAUGUUGUGUUCUCUUCCCUGCAUGGCUUGGUUGUGAUGGACUGUCAGGAACCAGUGACUGGAAGGCGCACAGGACAGCUGGUGCUUGACUACCUGACAGAUGCAGUCCUUAGCCACAAGCCAUCACUAACAGGAGAGCCCCAUGUUGUACCAGACUCUUCACUUGCUGUCACAGUGGACACACAGGAUCAUGUUAAGAUUGUUGUCCAGAAAGUAACAGAUCAUGGACUGGACUACAUGUUUGAUGUCAUCACAACUCUCAAUGUGAGUGAUGUCACUUUCUUCCCCUCCCGCCUCACACACAGCUAUGAUCUGUUUGCCGCCUCUACAGACAAGGAUGACAUAUUCUUCCUGGACCUUCACACCGGUAAAGUGGAGAUGAUCACUGGGGUUGGGAGGGCUAUGUCAGCUGACCUGGCCCAGUGGAGGAACACCAACCGACCCAUCGUGUCCUCUGGAGUGUUUGGACGCUUCAUGGUCUCCCCAGCAGAAGCCGCCAUCUUUGUCAUCAACGGAGAGACCAGAACAGUCAACUGUGAGAUUGGCUCACUGGUGCACCCUCGCCUGGCCGUCUGGGUCACCAGGAAAUACAUUUAAGUUGUUCUCACCUUAAAGACUUCACCCAAAACUUGAUAGGACUUGCAUCUCACCUGGAAUGAAUCAUUGUAGUUAGUAAGCAUAAUUGUGAGGCUUAAAGAGAAUAACUAGAUUGCCUAUAUAUAAGAUCAGUGAAAGAAAAAUGGAAUUUGAAUGAGCUGUUUAAAUAAUAGGCUUUUGAUUGCUCAGUUUGUUCCAAGUCUUUACCUCAGCGGAUGUGUCGGCUUGUGUUAGCUUGUAGCAUUAGUACCUGGGUGGUGGGUCACCUCGAGGUACACUCAAGAAAGAAGAGCCACAACUCUCCCUCAAGUGCCCAGUUAAAAGAAGUUUUGGUGGCUGCACUGGAAGACAUACACCUGUGUUUGGUGCAUACAACAUUCAGUCUGUAUUGUUUUGUCAGUGUCUGGUGCAAAUGAAUUUUGUAUUUAACCCAGCAAAACAUACAUUAUUUUUGGCCCAGUAAACAAUGUUGAUGUAAGUAACAUGGUGAGAAGAAAAUUAAUGCAUACAUAGUCCAAAUGCCAUCCAGCUGUUGCUUUAAUUGUAGGAAGUUUUUUCUUUUCUAAGUGAAACUGAAAUUGUAUAAAUUCCAUAAAGGCAAUAAAAUUUGAAUUACUCUGCCUUUAUGAUACAGCAUUGUCAGACAUACAUUAUCAGGAUAUUCUUCACUAUAGUAUCUUCAAAUUAAAUGUCCCUCCUUCCAUUUCAUAGAUAAUUACAUUUUCAAAAAUGGAAAGCAUCACAUACUGAGCUUCAGUGGAGAAAUAAUGCUUAAGUAGAAGUCUGUGUGGGUCUGCUGCCGCCAGAGUACCUAUAUCAAUCCCUGCCUUAACCAAGCACUCUUCAGUUUGCCUCACCCACUACAGUCGCUAACUGAAUGGAUGAUCAAGUUUUUACAGCAUAUUACAAACUAAUAGGAAAAUAUUGUAUUAAUAUAAUGUUUUCUCUGUAAGUUAAGAAAGUGAGGUGUGUGUGCACUAUAUUACUGUCACAAAAUAGUUUAGGGCUUGAGGAUCAUACAUGAAUGUAAAUAUAAAAAAAAAUCCUCUUUCUAUGUAGCCUUCACCUUCAAAAUUCUAGUUAAGGAUGUAGGCCUUAAGUUUUCAUUUCUAUUUAUAAUCAUAAGCUAAAAUCUUGCAGGUUUUAGUUUUUCAGGCACUGUAUGUAACUUUUAGUUAAGCUUAGCUCCCAGUUUGUCCAAGUGGAGGAGGCGGUGGUCCACAUAUCAGGUGACAGAACAGAACUCCCCAAGUGUUCACUCCAAAGCCAUCUGAUAACUCUUGAUAAUGGCACACUUCAUGUCUGUAUAACUCUCUCCCUAUAUAUAUAAAUAUAUACAUAUAUAUGAUAUUUUCAUAUUAUUUGCUAGACUGGUUUGUAGUUUCAGUGUAAAGCUGGCAGCCACAAAUAGAUACAAAGCCUUCUUAUGAGGGACACACGUGGGAACAUUCCUAAAAAUACAUAUGGAAAAAAAACAUGAGGCCUGAAGGACAACCUUAAUUUAGGAUACAUGUACAUAAAGUGUUUGACUUCUUGUCAUAAAUGAAUGCUGUCCAAGGAAGAAAUGCAGACGAAAUCAUUGUUUUUAGUCACUAUAAUUUUUUUCCAUCAGUAACAUACCAUCUUCAUUGUUUUAUUUGCUUCAGGAGCAUUUAUUUCAUUCACAUGUGUUCACUUAGUCAAAACUGGGUUUGAAGGUGCCUCAAGUAGUGGCUUCAAGUAAUGACUGCUGUUGUCAACUCAAGGAAAAAAAUAAAUAAAUAAUAAAUAAAUAUAUAUAUAUAUAUAUAUAUAUAUAUAUAUAUAUAUAUAUAUAUAUAUAUAUAUAUAUAUAUAUAUAUAUAUAUAUAUAUAUAUAUAUAUAUAUAUAUUAUACAUACCAGUAUUGUUACAUCUUACACCAGUGUGCAAAUGAUGUAAAACAAAAUGGUAAUAUGUAUAUGUAUAUUUUAGGCAUAUAUGCUGCAGUUUUUGCAUUACACAAAUUAUUGCAUAUUUCUUUACAACAUUCAUUUAGAGACUGACCAUUCUAAAUGAUAAAGAAAACAUUGUAACAGACAUGAUUCCUGUGAAGUUGAACCCAAGCUAUGAGAGGCAGCCAUUAACACAGUCACUUUUGUAAGCCAUUAUAUCCUUUGUUACAUGCAGCUUGUGUUCCAAUCCCUGUGUAUAUCAGUGUAAUUCUGACAACUGCGUGUGUGCUAUUCAUAUGUAUUUAACUUUGUGAUAUGUACAACUGAUUUUAAUAAAACACCUAUAUUU